AUGACCAGCCUGGAGAUGCCGGUGCUGAGUGUGAGCCCUUUUCUGCCGGCAGCGCCCGUGCAGCUAGUCCGGCUGAGGAAGCUGUUGUACCUGCAGGCGUCAGGUACGGUGCUUGCCGGCGGCGAGGUCUCCGUUGGCCUCUUGACAAGCUUCGUAUUACUCAUGGCACUACUUUGCUGUGCUGGCGUUGUCGGCAUCUGUGCCCUGGAGUGGCUGCUGUUCUGGCGCCGCAAGGCCGUGACCUCCCUCGAGUUCAAUGAGCAGGAAGUACUUGACAACCUUUCCGACAACAAUUCAAUUGGUCGCAGUGAAACAGGAGACCAACUGUACCGGGUCCGUCUUCAGGACAGUAAUGGCAGCGGGCGCUUCAGGUCGGUAACCGUGAAGAAGUUGGAGAACGAGAAAGGAAAGGUGGAUGACAAUCUUAAGAACCGAUGCCAGUCCGAGGUAAACAUGCUGGGCGUCAUCCGUCACGACAACGUCAUCAGCCUUGUCCACCGUAUCGAGAGGGACGACAUGAUCCUGCUCUUAUACGAGCACAUGGAGAAUGGCAGGCUUGACGAAUGGCUGCUGCACCAGCCCCUGGAAGCCAGCAAGCGGCGGCGGCGUCCACCGCUGCGCUGGCGGGAACGGCGAGCCAUUGCCAUCGGCGUGGCCAAAGGACUCUUUCACUUGCACCAUGGAUGCAACAAACCUGUCAUCCACCGCAACAUCAAGCCGAGCAACAUCUUGCUUGACGGCGACCUCAAUGCCAAGAUCGCUGGUUUCGACCUGGCCCAGAUCAACCUUGCUGGACUCAGCCAGCCGUUGAGAAACUCGGAACUUCCUGCUGAUUCCUUCGGGUACACGGCUCCAGAAUAUGCGACGGUCGAGGUGAGUGAGAAGGUGGACGUGUACAGCUUUGGUGUGCUGCUGUUGGUCCUCGUUACGGGGAGACCGGCCAACAGACCAGGCGCGCACGGCCACUUGGCCACUUGGGCACGUGGACACCACAGUGAACUGAUCGCUGGGGAAUCCUACCAUGAAGCCUUCGAGAGAUCAGCCGACAUGGAUAUCCCGGAUCGGGCUAGGCACUUGAAGGAGAUGGCUGCCGUGUUCAGGCUCGGUGUGGAUUGCACCGUCGUGGAUCCACAGCAGAGGCCGUCCAUGCAGACGGUUCUGAACCGCCUCCAGAGGUGUUGGUGGCUGUGGGGACUGGGACAAUGCGUCAGCCUAUCGUGA